AGAAUUUACAGGUUUAAACAAGAUAAAAACCGUUCCUCUUCUUCAUCAAGGAAAAAAAAAAAAAAACCGUUCCUAUUCCUUCUCUGAUCAUAUUUUGCUCUGUGCUUAUCCGACCAUGGCGCAGGCGACGGAAUCUAGAGUGUUUUUACACGUCUACUGCUUGUUAAGGGAUACCCCGCAGGAGGAUGUCGCCGUCUUUGAUCGCAGCAACUUCAACUUCACCAUUCAAAUCACUUCGUAUGAAGAAAAGGACGGCAUCGUGGUCUCUGAUUCUGUGGAUUUCGUUCACAAAAUGGACCUCCCGCGUGCUCGGUUUCCCCAGUCAGAGCUUCACCGCAUCUUAGGAGACUACCUGGUUGAAAUCGGAGGACCAGAGUGCAAUGUCGACGCCUUAUUGGCCACGGUUAUCCCUCCGAUUAAGGAGCGUAUAGAUCAAGAUGCAAGUUGGAGGAUCGAAUCGGUUAUUUUUUGCAUUCACAGGCCAGUUAGAUCAGAGGACGAGUCAGAUUCAUCGGAAGGUACGGUUCUUCAAGAAUCAGUGGAAGAAAGUGAGCCAAUUUCGAAGGAAGACGAGCAAGAUUCAUCGAAGGCUAGGGUUUUGAGGGAAUCCAAGGAAGAAAGCGGCGGCAAACUGAUUUCGGCGGCCAAAGAAUCAAUUGGAACACUGGAAAGAAUCAGGAUCACAGAUGAAUGUACAAUUUGUGAGAAGCACCUGGCGGAAUCAGCAGAUUUGAUUCGCAUUCCGUGCUCUCAUCUCUUCCACGAAGGUUGCAUUGUACGGUGGCUCAGUAAAAGCAAGCUAUGUCCUCGCUGUGGUUUCGCAAUUCAGACGACUCGCCCCUUCUAAUUCCCAAAGCUUCGAUUCUUUUUCCCAUUUUUAGGUGAGUGGCCAAAAUCCCUAUUGCUAAUAAAAAUUAGGAUUCCAU